AUGCAGCGAAGACGGAGUUCUAAAACCCCAAAGCAGCCUCUGCAAGUUCUCCCUAAAAAUCAAACUGACCUCUCUGUGUGGCGAAAAGGAGGGAUAACUGACCCUGAAAAAAGUAUCCAGAAUCAUCAGUAUUCUAAUGAUCAGAAAAAUGACAGUGAGCAGCAGUCCCUUGAGCAAGCUUUGAGCUACUUUGAGAAAGUUCAAGACCGUGUUUCACUGAAAAAAGACAAUGUUCUGCAGAAACACUUGACUACUGUGGAAAGCAUUGCCCUUCAAAGAGGGUUACCCCCUGAAGGAUUUGAUGUUUUGCUAAACGUGGCACUCAGUGGCAAACUUGCUGAUACAGUGAAUACUCGUUUACUGAAGAGCCUGAUUCCAGCCUCAGAAAUACCAGAAUCUUGUGUGGUUUCAGCUGUAUCUUGGCUCUGUGUUGGCAAAUGCUCAGGCAACAUCCAGCUGCUUUUUGUAAGAUGGCUGAUAACAAUGUUUGACUUCAUUGAUCACAAGGAGAAACUUCAUGCUCUGUAUGGUUUCUUCUUUUCAUUUUUGCAAGACGAGAAGAUGUGUCCCUAUGUCUGCCACCUGCUCUACCUGCUGACGAGGAAAGAAAGUGUCAAGCCUUUUCGGAUUAGGAGACUGCUUGACCUCCAAGCAAAAAUGGGAAUGCAGUCUCAUCUGCAGGCUCUACUAUCACUUUACAAACUCUUUUGUCCUGAACUGGUGGCCAUAACCCUUCCUGGGAAAAUGAAGACUUACUUCAAGAAUUCAGAGGGCCCGUGGAAAGCAGCAAUGCAUACAGUAAGGCAAAGAAACCAGCAAAACUCUCCAGUCUCCCAGACACUGUUUUUAGGAACAGCUCAAGCUCAACCUCAGUCACGAAAAAGGAAAUGGAAUACUCAGCUGAUGAUACCUGCAAGGAGAACAAACAAAAAUAAUUUUGAAGAGGACAGGGAAAAGACCCAUGUUGAUUUGUGCAGUGCAAAUGAAUCUGUUCCAGUGGAGCAGCUACAGACCUUUUCUCAGCUCCUACAAAAUAUUCACCAUCUAGAGUUUCCUUCCCAAAUGGGUUCAGUCCUAACAAGCCCUUUAUUGCUUCACUACAUCAAUUGCAUCAAAGAUGAACCUAUUUGCCUGAGACUCUACUAUUGGAUGGGCCACACUCUUCAGGAAGAAUGCACCUGGUGUGUGGCUGAUAAUAACCAAUAUGAAGAAGAAUUCAAAGACUUCUUGGAAACUGUCUACAAGACAGAAUGUUUCUUGCAGGAGGGAUUUACAUCAUGUGAAGAAUUCCUGUAUAAGAGCCUUCCUCUCUGGGAUGGUGUCUGUUGCCGAUCACAAAUCCUCAGGCUUCUGAGUUGGAUACCCCUCAGCAACUUUUCUGAAAUGAAGGUGCAUCUCUAUGAUCCCCUGGCACAGCUAUUUUUCACAUCAUCCCUAUACUUCAAGUGCAGUGUUCUUGAGAGCCUGAAAGAGCUGUUGCAGAACUGGUUAAAUUGGAAUGUGAUUCAUAUGGAUCCAGAGUCUGACUCUCAAGACCAUCCUUUGAAUACCACCUUCUCUGGAGUAGUGAAUGUGGUGGCUGAUCUGAUCCGCUUUGUGGGAAGGAUCUCUACUGUUGCACUGCGUUUGGAAAAGAAUUCUACUUUCUUGCUGCACUUCAUCCUGAAUUUCUAUGAGACUGUGUGUGACAUGUAUCUGAGGUACAAUCUGCCUUUGCUGAUAAUGCCUCCUGCUGGAGUUUUCUACCCUGCGCUUCUCAGCAUGGAUUCUGUCAACUUGAAUCAGCUCUGCUACAUUAUGUACAGAUAUCGAGCCAACAUGGUGGCUGCAAAAGAAAAUGAACUGACUAAAAAGAAAAUACUGCAAUUCAAGUUCAGUAGCCAGACGUACCAAGAGUACAAUCAGUACAUAAUAGCUAUGGUAGGUUGUCUGUGGACAUCCAGUGCCUUCCAGAAGGAUAUUCACCCUCAAGGUCUUUGUAUGGAUGAUGAACUGCUGAAGAAAACCACAGUGCAGGACUUCAAAACCAGCUUUAACAUUGUCUACCACCCAGCCAUGAUGGGCUAUGCUGUCCGUUUCUUGCAGCAGGCUUGCCCAGAUGAUACCACCUUGAACUUCAGUUUAAUUAAGGGAAGGAAGUGGAACUGGUAUCUGGAAUAUCUCUACGCACAAGGUUUAAAGGGCCUGAAGCUCUUCACUGAAAGCAGCAUCAAUCGAGUUUCCCAGGGCCCUCUCAAUAAAGGGAAGAAUGUGCAAGUGUGA